GGAGAAAUCCCCAGCCAGAGCUCGCCCGCCUGAGCCAAGAGAGAGAUCAACUUACCGCUCCCAUCUGCCUUAGAUGUGGCAGUAUGGGAGAGGGAGAGAUUGUGUGUUGUGAGUAUGGACAGAUGUGGGGCUUUUCUCUUUAGCCACAUGAACAUGUACGCUGACACCUGUACUAGGGCUUCUGGCCCCAAAGCCACACAGAUCAUCCCCCAAGGGUGGGGUUUCUUAUGUACCUACAGCCAAAGGCCUUUCCAUAUGGUCCGAGCAAUCAUCCCCAGCCCUGAUGCAUGUGUACCUGUCUUUUAACACUAACCCUUGCACUUGUAGGUUUGGGGUUUCUCAGUGUCCUCUACUCCCAUUGAGCUGUGGCUGUUACCUUCUUAUUCCUUACUAGCAUGCCACUUCCUGCCAGAUAGAGGGAGACGAGAUUCAAUGGCGUGUUGCUUUGCUGUCCAGCCCCAGCCACCCCAUGCACUCAGGACUUUGUCUCCCCAUAGCUGCUUAUUUAUCUCUUCCCCUUCCUAAACUGCAGUGAAGCAUUCACUUACUGAGAAUGUAUGAAGCAGCAGUAUCUUCACCUCUUCAUGUGCUCUAUUCCUUAUUCCUAUCUGCUACCAAAAACAAACACAAACAAAAAAAGCAAAACUCUGAAUGUUUGAAUAAUUUUUCAUUUCCAAAUCUAUUGGGUACCUCAUUUUGUCUCUUGACUUUCCUUGGUCGAAUGGUGGGGUUUUUCCUACUUCCCCACCAUGCGUUGGGAACCUCAUCUUGUGGCCUUAUUGUUAGUGGCAAUGAAAAGGAGAGAGCCUGGGAUCUAACGGGGCUUCCCUGUCUCCUUCCCUACCUUCCCGUUCUAAUCAGGGCAGACAGGAACAGUGUAACUUAAAACUUGUUCCAUCAGGUUACUGGAUUAACUAAUUCUUUUAUGUUUUAUAACAGCUUACUGUCUAACAUCUGCAUAUUAUCAUCUUUGGUCAUCUGUGGGCUCCUUCCUCUCCUCUUUGUUCCCCGGCCCACAUCACUCCUUUCGAUCAGCCUCCUGCAAGUCAUCAGACAGGAGCUGCUUUCACUCUCUGUUCCUCAUUUCCCGCACAGCUCUCAGUUUCCCUUCUUUUCUACAAUAUGACUUGUGUCCACCAGUGUCCAUCACCCUUGUCUUCCCUACCUUCUCUCAGCAGGGUCCUGGCCUAGCUACUAGGUGUCUCUAGUCAUAAAAUUUCUUUGAACUCGGUUUUUUGUUCUCUGCCCCUCAAAUGUAGUGUUUGUCCGAGCUCUGAAACAUUGUGGCCAAGGUCCUGAGUGGCUUAUGAGUGUAAGAGUGAGUGUAGAGAGAACAGGAAAGUGUGUCAUCUCAGCAGAGUGCUCAGGACACGGACUGUCUGUCUGGGAGAUUGGUGAGUGUGGCUAUUGGCUACUGUUAUUUGGUGGGCUCCAGGGAAAGAAAUGCACCCUUCCUCUUUCUCAUCUUUCCUUGGCUCUGAACUGUGCAGUCUCUUUCAGAGCCAGAGCCCUGUGGAUAGAUAGGUCAGCUUUAAUAGCUUUUGAGUAGAAAACCCUCCCGGCUGUACCAGAGCCACCUUCUGCCAUCUGCUCCACCAAAGAGUCUUCUUUGCUGCCUCCAUCUUAAAUGUACAGAAUACCUGCUUGCUUCCUUUUUUAUUUUAGCUCCCAAAAUUUAUUGUCAUGGAGGAAAGAGAAAAUGUUCUACUUUAUAUGAUUAUUUCCUCAGAGUUUAGAUUAGUGAGCCCAUCCUGUAACAUGUUCUGCUGCAUUGUAUCUAAGUUUUCCCUCCUCCUCUUUAGAGUCAGUGCUGAACAAGCCACACCCAGUGGGAGGGAAAACAAAACAAAACAGGAGAUGGCUUUCUCAUCCUCUACCACCAGGGACUCAACAGGAACAGCCCCUGAGGUGACAAGGCUAGCAAAGGCCACCAGAUGGUCAGGGGCAGGGUAUUGUCUCCAGGGAUUUCACCUGGCUUUAGAAACUCAGAGCUGUGUUUGUGUUAAGGGCUUCUUUAGAUGGCUGCUUCCUGGGAUUUGUUUUUCCUGUUUAUAAAUUUUGUUUCUUUUUUGUUUUUGUUUUUUCAAGACAGGGUUUCUCUGUGUAGCCCUGGCUGUCCUGGAACUCACUCUGUAGAUCAGGCUGGCCUGGAACUCACAGAGAUCCAGCUGCCUCUGCUUUCCGAGUGGUGGGAUUAAAGGUGUGUGCCACCACUGCCAAGCAUCUUUUUUUUUUUUUUUUCUGUCUUCCCACUAGCGGCCUUGCACUAAAGCAUGUCUGAGUUUGUGGCUCCCAAGGAGCCUUCAUAGACUUGGCUGUUUUUCUUACCCCAUCAAUCAAGGAUUUUGUUUUUCUUUUGGUUUUUCAAAACAGGAUUUCUCUGUAGCUUUGGUGCCUGUCCUGGAACAGGCUGGCCUCAAACUCACAAAGAUCCAUCCGCCUGUGCCUCCCAAACGCUGGAAUUAAAGGCGUGUGCCACCACAGCCCGGCUCAGUCAAAGGUUUUUAAAGUUAUGAACCGGUGCCACUUCAUCCAUACCCUGCCAGUCUAGUCUGCCCCUGUGUGGAUAUCUAGUAUACAAGGACUCUCCAGUCUUUGUUUCCAUAGCAGGAAGUCAGCGUUAGGCCCACAGAACUGCAGUAGGGAGGCAGCACUGAAGCCUCUGUAGUUGGUUCUCUAAGAAAGCAGAGCAGCAGCUUACAGUGAAGCUUCUCUUAUAGUCAAGGGGUUGUCACCUACAGUAUUGCUGCCAGUGGUCACUACCUUGGCCUUUGCCUUCCAGACUUACCUGAACCAGAACCAGCUGUCAUACAGCUAUCAUACACCCAUCUUGACAUCCUAUGAUGUGUCAUAGAAGAGUCUUUGGUGUUCUGUAUGCUUCUUGUAUUUGGAUAUCAAUUUCUAUCUUUAGGUUUAGGAUAGUUUGUGCUAUAAUUUCAUUAAAUAAUUUGAUUGAUCCUUUUGAAUUUAUCUCAGGUCCUCCUCCUUCUACCCCAUGGGUUCUGAGGUUUGUUUGAUCUUCUGAAUAUAUCCCAAGCUUUCUGAAAAUGCUGCUCAUGUUAAUUUUAUAAACAUGUGUGCAUGCAUAUGUGUGAGUCUGUCUGAGUAUAUUGUUGUCCCAACUCUGUCCUGCAUUCCCGAACUCUUUGAUCUUAUAGCUUGGUGAUGCUUUCUGGCUAGGUUUUUCAGUUGUUUCACAUUGGUUUCUGUGUGGUUCCUUUUCCAUGUUUGAAUGCCCUCACAAAAAUUUCCCUCCAUGUUUCUGACUUUCUCCUCCAGCUUACCCACUAUCUUAUUCACUUUGGAGGUUUUGUAUACAAUUCCUUAGUCCAUUCAUGUGUAUUUGAGACUUCUAUACAGUCAUUCAUCCUUUUUAAGAAUGAAACUCCAAAUCCUUUCUCCAACAUUUCAGCCAUCUCAGGACUUUGAGUUUCCAUUAAGGAAAAGUUUGGAAUAUGUCCUGGUGGGUUGUUGUCUCAUAAUAUUUGUGUUUCUCUGUGGUGUUUUAUGCAUCAGUCGAGAUGGAGCUAUCCUCCAAUUUUAACUCAUCCUUUUCCAACUCCGUUGUUUUGCAUAAGUCCACUGAGCCCUUCUUAAGAACCUAUCAGGAGGGAGCUGAGAAUGUGAUAUCUGAGGACUCUUCUGAGCGACCCCACUCCUACAUGAUAAAGCUUGUUCAGAGCUGGGAAGGCACCCAAGGAGAACUAGAAAGGACACGGCUCCUUCCUCUCCUCCUGUCCAAGGCUGUAAGCCCCAGACCACAUACUACAGGGAGCUGGGCUGGUGAACCUCGCCUUGCCACCUUCUUCCCUCUCCCAAUCUGUAGCUCUUGACUCCCUUUCUUGGUUCACUUCCAUCUCCUCAGCGGCCUGCCCUCCAGCACCGUCAUCCUGAGAGACUGAGUGUUUCACAGCCUGAGUCACUGAAAGACACGUGCACACAAGAGUUUUCCUUUGGCUUCUGAGAGAGGCUCCUUAAAGGUGCUAACUCCUGAGAUUACUCUCCCCAGUUUGUCCCUUUCAUAGCUUUCUUCCCAUCCCCAGAUCACAUUUCCAUUAAUAUUAUCUCUUAUGUCCACAAAAAAAGAAAUGCAUUAUAAUCAGUCUGUUUAACUCUAGUCUUCCUGCUGUGUGCUCUUCCUCUUUCUUUAGCUAUGUUUGUCCAGAGUGAGAGGUGUGAGGACCUGAGGCCUGCUGAAGACCCCAGCCCUCUACAGUCCAUCUAGACAUUGUUAAAACAUUGUUUGUCUCUGUACACAUGAAUGUGCACAGACAAAUCCUCCUACUCUGGCCGGAGUAGUGACCCCACAGGAAUGAGCACAGUGCUGCUGGCCAACAUCUCCACCCUCUGCACUGUCACUUAGAGGUAAAACCAACCCCAGGAUGAACAAGGCUGGUGAGAACAGGGCAGGCUGUGUCCUUGUAGGUACAAGCUAGAAGGUGUUUUCUUUGGUUUUUCUUUUGUUUUUUUAAUGUGAGCUCUAGUUUCGCUGGCUUUACCUUAGGGCAGUCCCAGAGCAGUAUCAGCAGCACCAUCAUCUGAAGCUUGCUAGAAAUGCGCACUCUUGGCCAUCCCUGCCUCCUGAGCUGAGCACUCUGUGCUUCUAGUACACACUAAUGCAUGAGUCCCUUGGGGACAAGGAUUACUUUAAAUGUGUCCUCUGCCUUAGCCUUGACUUCUCAUUUCCCCUGAGUCCCCCUUCCACCCCCACAUCACUCAGCCCAGUUCUAGGCUUUCUUUCUUCUAGUCUUAGCUCUAAAACCUUUUCCUACAUUGUUCUUGGCAGGACUUACCCAUAUUUCCUUGCAGGCUUCUUGCUCUGCAUUUUCGGUUACAUUAAGAGCCAGCAGGAAAGCCGGGAGUGGUGCAGCCUUUGAUCCCAGCACUUGGGAGGCAGAGGCAGGCAGAUUUUUGAGUUCAGGGCCAACCUGGUCUACAUAGAGAGUUCAAAGCCAACCAGAGUACACAGAGAGACUCUGUCUCAAAAUAGACAACAAAAUCAGCAGGAGCCAUAGUUGUCCAAUUUCACACACACACACACACCCCUCUUGCAGGCAGGGAUAUUAGCCUCCAUCCCACAGUGGAGCCUGCUACACCCUGAUAGAAUAUCUCUUGAGAAGAGAGAAAUGUGUAUCUAUGAAUAUAUCUCUGUUCACCUAUAUAUUUUUGACAUGUAGCAAUACCUGUCCAUCCUGAAGGAGCUUGACCCAGUCCGGGUCCCCAGGCUCCAGUGGUAGGCCUCACAGGUGGGAGGGUCCAGUGCUACGGGCUGUUUUGUUACAAAACUGUCUUUUCUCCUUUCCUUCCACCCAGUUCAGCAUGAACCCUGUGAGCAGGCUCUCACAAUCUCCUGGGGCGGGGCUGAGGCAGGGGCUUUGAGCUCACCUCCCUAACCGUCCUGUCCUACUUCCCCCAAGCCAUGUAGUAGUUAUCACCCAGUCUUGCCUUCUCCCUCAGUCCUUCGCCCUGACAUAUACUGUGCCUUAUUUAUGCUGCAAAUACAACAUUAAACUAUCGAGAGAGUCAAUGGUGUGUUUGGUGCUUCCUGCUCAAGCCCAUGAGGCCCGCUGCCCACUCCUGCAGACUCAUGGGGCUUUCAUGUCUGAUUAUCCUUUCCCUUCAGUUUCUUAGGGCAGAAAGAGCACAGUUCUCAUCUCUGCUUUAUGUAAGUAACAUGGUGUUCAUCACCAGAAUCCUGACUGGAGAACUUAGUGUGUGCUUCAUGUAAAUAGGAAAUGGGAUUGCCUUAGGAACAAAAGCCUCUGCUCUUUCAGUGUUUUGUCCUCAGCCUCUUCCAGCAAUCGAAAGGAAGAAAAGAGCCGGGCGGUGGUGGCGCACACCUUUAAUCCCAGCACUCGGGAGGCAGACAGGUGGAUCUCUGUGAAUUCGAGGCCAGCCUGGUCUACAAAAGCUAGUUCCAGGACAGGUUCCAGAGCUACAGAGAAACCUAUCUCAAAAGAGACUGGGGAAUGUUCAUAGAGAUAGACAAAGUCAAGCUUUCUUAUAGAGGGGAAAAGGGGCUGGAGAGGUGGCUCACAGACACAACUCCAGCUCCAGGGGCUCUGGUGCCCUCUUCUGGCCUCCACAAGCACUGCACCCACCUGCACAAUGCCCUUCCCAGCACACACACACACACACACACACACACACACACACACACACACACAUAUAAUCAAAAAGAAAAGAAAAAAAUGAAAAAGAGGAAGAAGCCUGGAAACAGCAGGCAGACCUUGUUUAGAAGCAGAUGAACGCUCACAGGAAAACAGGUCCUGCUCAAGGGUCUGUGCAUUCCUUAUUAUAAUUACCACUGAAAGCAAGGACAGCGAUGAGACUGAAGAACUUGACAGAUUCGUGAAAGACUUGGAGCCCCCUUUGGAAAGUGAAAGCACUUUUGUUGGCCCUCACUGUGUAGGGCUGGCAAGAUGGCUCAGCAGUGAAAUCCUUACUGCCAAGCCUAGAGACCUGAGCUGACAACGGUAAGGUGCUCUCUGUGAGGUAUGUCUCACCAUCCCCAGGUAAAUAAAUAAAAGGAAAAAGGGGGCAGGAGCAUGUAGGGGCGCAAGAAGAAAGGACUUUUGGGGAUGGGCUGGAGAGAUGGCUCAGUGUUUACGUGCUGCUCACACGUAAGGGCUCAGGCUCACAACUGUCUGCAACUCCAACUCUAGAGAUCUGAUUCUAAACUGGCCUCCCAGGUACCUGCGCUCACAUACAUGAGGGCAGACAUUCACACAACUAAAGAUAAAAUAAGUUUUUGAAAAGGGCCAUAGCCGGGCGAUGGUGGCGCACGCCUUUAAUCCCAGCACUCACUCAGAAGGCAGAGGCAGGCGGAUCUCUGUGAGUUCAAGGCCAGCCUGGUCUACAAGAGUUAGUUCCAGGACAGGCUCCAAAGCUACAGAAAAACCCUGCCUAGAAAAAAAAAAAAAAAAAAGGCCAUAGGCCAAUCUGGUCUACAGAUUGAGUUCCAGGCCAGAACUACAAAGUGAGACCCUAUGUUUGUUUAUUUGUUUGAUUGUUAGUUGGUUUUUCCAGACAGGGUUUCUGUGUAGAUCAGGCUGGCCUCAAACUCAGAGAUCCGCCUGACUCUGCCUCCCCAGUGCUGAGACCCUGUAGAUAGGCAGACAGACAGACAGACAGACAAGUCUGGGAGUUUGGAAUCCAAAGGCAAGAUCAUGUAACAGGUUAGCUGGAUUAAUUUAUACUGUGGUGGAGGUGCCUGCUCCAUAGGGAGAAGCCAGCUAACUUCAGCACAGACCCUGGCACUUGAGUGUGGUGGGCAGAGUGCCUAUUCUGUCUCUGGUCCAGUAGUAUUGCCCUGCACUCACUCGGUUUACCACCCACAACAGCCUCAGGGGAUCUCUGAAAAUUCAAGGCCAGCUUGUUCUACCUAGAGAGUUCCGAGACAGCCACGGCUACUAGUGAGACCCUGUAAACAAACAGAAAACCUGAACUCCUGCCAGGUGGGUGUUGGUGGUGUACAUCUCUAACCCAGCACUUGGGAGGCUGAGAACAGAGGCCAGCAUACUCUGGACUACACAGAGUCCAAUCUUAGAAAAUCACAAGCAAGCUGAGGAUGGUGAUGCACACACCUUUAAUCCCAGCACUCAAGAGGCAGAGUUCCUCCAGGACACCCAGGACUGUCACAUAGAGAAACCUUGUCCCAAAAAAACAAAACAAGCAAACAAAAACAACAAAACUCUUACCCACAAACCUAAAUGUAAGUAGGUUACAAUAAAGUACUAUCCCCUUCAGCAAAAAAAAAAAAAAUUUAAUUAAAAUAAAAUAACCAGGCUGAAUGGAAUGCGUAAAGGGCUUUUACAUAUGAGAUGAGAGAUGCUGAGACGCCAUGAACAAACUCAGACCUCUGAAGGAGCCAUCAAGAGGCUAAAGCCAGUGCAGCACAGGGAAAAGUGUAUCCAAAGAAAGCCUCUGGAGAUGGUAAGUUUCCCAGGACUGGCAUGGGGGAGGAAAGCAAAGGAAAUCACAGUUGACAUUUAAAAAAUAUCAGCUCUGGGCUGGAGAGAUGGCUCAGCAGUUAAGAGCACACUGACUGUUCUUCCAGAGGACCUGAGUUCGAUUCCCAGCAACCACAUGGUGGCUCACAACCAUCUGUAAUGAGAUCUGGUGUCCUCUGGCCUGCAGGCAUACAUGGAGGCAGACUCUCUAUACAUAAUAAAUAAUAAAAUCUUAAAAAAGAAAACUCUUUAAAAAAAAUAUCAGCUCUGUGCUUUGCUACAAAAGCCAAAUAAUGUUUCUCCUAGGAAGUAAUCCAUUUUAUUGUUCCUGUAUGUAAGGAAAGGGAAGCUGAGAAUGUCAGUAGUUUGCUUUGCUGACGGCUAAAUCAGAACCCUGACAUGGUACUUCUUGAGUUUAGGUUAGAGACAUGGCACCUACACGGCAGGUACGGCCCUCCCCUGGCCUAGAGUGAUUCUGUCUUUCCCUGAAGCAGGACCCUGGUCGCCAGUUCCAGUAGUAUUUUAGAACCCAGCGCCAGGCAGAGGCUGCCCCCCCCCCCCUCAAAGAACCGUGUCCUUAAAUCCUCCCAGACAGGCCUGGAAAAGGCAAUGGUUGUACCUGACAGCAGAGUAGUGGCCACACGGUGGCAGCAGAGCUUCGGCUGUGGAAUUCCAUUCCCCAGUUCUCUAGCAAAGAUGGGCUCCGUCCAUCCACAAAAUUUACAAGCCACUGCUACUCAUUAAGACCCCAAAGCCCACCUGUCACUCACCUUAUUGUCCAUAGGUAAGUCAUAAGAGUAGGGACUCCAUGUUUAACCUUAUCAGAAGUAGCGGGGAUUGGAAUGGGCUGCAGUCCUGACUGCCCAUCUCAGGCAUGGGGAGGGACCAAGGUGGGUCACCCUAGCCUACUAGUAACCCUAGUUCCUUCCCAUCCAGGAAAUAACAAUCCUGACAGGAGUUUCUUCAGUCAGUUGAUCAAUUGAAGCUCUCCAACCUGUUGAAGAAUUGGGGGUUCUUAUAAGGCUCCCCCAGGGCCUAGCUCUGACAAACCGUCUGCAAUUAAUGAUGCUUCCUGAGCUCUGGAGACAGGAUUUAUGCAUCUAAUAAAGUCUGUAACUCCAGGCUUAGGCCGGGGGGUAGGAAGCUGAGAGCAGAAAGUCCCCAGGGGGAUAUGAGAAGGGGUCCCAGGUGGCUCUUAAUAGAGCCAUGCAUUUCUGUUGCCUGUCUAGAUUUCCCUCAGGCUGCUGCUGAGGUGGGGGUGGGCCAGCAGGUAUAAGAGGAUGGUGUGCCAGUGGGGAGGUGGAUGGCAGCAUGGAUUCCAAGCAGGUUGCUGUGCUGCUGCUAUUGCUGCUGCUGCUGCUGGACUCGGGUCAUUCUGAAGAACCAGGGAGCCGGGAUGGAGACCAGGUCUUUGCAGAAGAAGAUGGGGGACCCCACCCACCACAGGAUGCCCAGACUCCUGGGACCCUCUUGCGUUUUCUGCUUCAGGCCAUGGAGAGACCUGGCAAAAGCCCAGCCUUCCUGUUUCAUCCUCAGAGGUUUGGCAGAAAUACCUGGGGGUCCUGGAGCAAAGAGCAGCUAAGUCCCCGGGCUAGAGAGUUCUGGAGCCUGGCUGCCCCUCAGCGCUUUGGGAAGUAACAGCAUCAUCCCUGUGAUGUGUCUGCAUGCAAAAUCACCCCCCAUGUGCCACGCGUGCCCCCAAAUAAAAUGGCCUGUCUUCUGAAUCCAUGUGUUUGGACAAGACUUUCAGGGAAUGGGCGGCGGAUUCCAAGGACAAGAAGCAUAGCCCCCUCACCUCCACUCAAAUUCACACCAUUCUGCUCAAAGGGUCCCCAGCUAACUGCACAUAGCCUCCUUCCUACAGUAACAGAAAAAC